GCUUUACUUGGACAAGGAUGGGUAAGACAUUUCUCUUCAAAUAUAAUCGAAUACAAUACAAAACCAAUUUCUCUAAAGUCUACCCCAGUGCUGGGAUGGUAGGAUAUUUUUCAAAUUUCACCUUCUUUAAGGGUCAGAUACAUAGACAUAUAGAGUCCAACUGAAUGCAACAGAUAGAUAAGAUAAUGCUUGCUAGAUACUGUAUCCAUAAGGGGCCAUGUGACCAUGUCAUCUUUUUCAAGAAACAUGUAUAGAUAGUAUAUAUCAGAGAUCUGCAGAAAAUUCUACAUGUUAUCAUUUUACAAGAAUUCUUCAAGGGGAGCUGUGCAGGGCCGUCUUUAAUAACGAAUGGACCCUGGGCAAAUGUUUGCUUGGGCCCCCUGUGCCCUGCCGCUCUCGCCCCUCACUCCCUGGUAUGCAAUCACGGCAUCCAUCCCAAUGCAGUGGCGGUACUAAAGUAGAAUGAAUUUUAUUGGGACCCCGAAUUGCAAGGUUGGACUAAAGGUAGAACACCAUCUGUCGUGCAACUCCAACAUGGCUUUGACAGCUGGGACUCUACCAAUUUCCCAUGCUUGCAGAGUUGUAUUUAGCACUGAGUCAUGUUAGUAUGUUUGAAUGUAAGCAUGUGUUUGUAUGGAGUAUGUUUGUGUGAAUGUGUUUGUAUGUGGUACUGGAGUUUGAAUGCAAGUGUGCAUUUAUGUGUAGUGUUUGUUUUUGAAUGUAGGAGUGUGCUUGUAUGUAGUGUUGACGUUUCAAUGCAGGAGUGUGUUUUAUAUGUAGUGUUGAAGUUUGAAUGGAGGGGUGUAUUUGUAUUUAAAGUUGCGGCUCAGAUGCACAGGUACACACUCUGACGCACAAGCAGAUACACAGAUACAUACACUGACUACAUACAGAUAAACAGGCACAUACACUGACAGACACACUGACACAGGUACAUAUAUUGACACACACACAGACACAUACACUGGUAGACGUACUGACAGACAUACUGACACAGGCACAUAUACAGACAUACUGACACACAGACACAUAUACCAACAUACUGACACACACACACAGACACAUACACUGAUCAACAUACUGACACACAUACACUGACAGAAAUACUGACACCCACACACUGACAGAUAUACUGCCACCCACAUACACUGAGAAAUACUGACACACACACACAGGCACAUACACUGACACACACAGACUGAUAUACUGACAAACACACACAGAGACAUACUGGCACACAGACAGAUAUACUGACACAUGCAUACACAUGCACUAACAGACAUACUGACGCACUGACAGACAUACUGACACACACAGAUAUACACACACAUAUAUAUACUGACACACAGACAGACAGACAUACUGACACACACACACACACACAGACAUACUGACACACACACACAUACACAUAACACACACAUACACUAACACACAGAUACACUAACACACACAUACACUAACACACAAACACACACACUAACACCAUACACUAACACACAUACACACUAACACACAUACACAAACACACACACUAACACACAUACACUAACACACAGAACACACACACACACACAUAAACACACACAUACAUACACUACACACAUACACACCAAACACAUACACUAACACACACAACACACAUACACUAACACACACAAACACACACAUACAUACACUAACACACACACAUACACUAACACACAAACACUAACACACACACACACACACACACAAAACAAACACACACAUACACACACACACACACACACACACACACACACUCACACACAAACACACACACACUAACACACACAUACACAAACACACACACAAAGAAAACUGGGCCCGGGGCAGCUGCCCCGUUUGCCCCGCGUUAAAGACGGCCCUGGAGCUGUGACAUCCAAUGAAUUUCUAGUAUUUUGAUAACGUAUCUCUAUAUUUAACAAAUAUGUAUUUGUGAUGUAUGAAAAAUAAUAUUAAUGUAGAAAUCCACACCACUUUAUCCUGCAGCUGGGUGCCUCCAUCUUAGCUCCCUGUCAGUGAAUGCUAUAAGCUAUGUCUGUGCACCUGGCAGUCAGCAUAGAGAAAUCAUACAGAGAUCAGGAUAUAAACACUAUACCAUUAGAAAUUCAAGCAUAUCUUCCUAAUGCUAUAGUUUUUUAAACUACCUAUUUAAGUGCCCACUCCCCCAUUGUGUGUGCUUUUUAAAGUAGAGAUUUACUUAAAUUGUAACCCUUGCAUGCUGCUCUUCGUCCUGCCGCUUCGCCUCUUUGGCGGAGAUCAUCAGCGUUGAUGAUCUCAUCCAGUUCAAUGUUUCCCAUAGGGAAACAGAGGGAGCCUAGUGUGCAUGCGCAACAAAACACCACUCUGCGCUAAUCAAAUGGGGCCAAUUGAUUGAAUAGCUGAGUUAAGCUCAGCUUUUGGAGUGUAAGCGCCUCUAGUGGUUUCACCAAGAGAGUCACUAAAGGUAGGUUAUACCUGCAAUAAAGAUAUUGCCAUAUCUAUCAUCGACUAAAUGGCAAUGUUUUACAUUGCAGAGUUAAAAAGACUAGAUGGGCUGAAUGGUUCUUAUCUGCCGUCACAUUUUAUGUUUCUAAAAAGACAUUAUGUCAAUGUAAUGUCAAUAUAGAGUCCUUUUAAACAAUGGCUUUGCCUUAUUUAAACUGUAUAUUUAAUAAUAUUACUAUAUUAUGGAAAUGCGGUUAGCACAUAGAUUUUUUUUUUUUUAUUAUUAUUGUUUUAUUCAACAGUGCGAAUGUUGUAAAAGUAAUAGUUUUCCUUUAACUGCACAGGCUGAAUGAUAAAAAAAAAAAAAAGCUGCUACAUAGUCAGCUAAUUUGUGUCUCAUGGUUAUGGAAGCUGUGUUGUUGCGACGUAAGCUUGAAGGCACUAGGUUUCCCAACCAGUGGCGUACACACGACCCAUGGGGCCCUGGUGCUAAAAUUGAUCCGUUGCCCCCCCGCGCUUACUCUGUAUGGGCCGUGGUCGCAACACAUGGCGGCGGGACCACUAUAGACACCCAGAUUCAGCUCAAUUAAGUGGUCUGGGUGCCAGGUCCCUCUAGUUUUAACCCUGCAGCUGAAAACAUAGCAGUUUCAAAGAAACUGCUAUGUUUCACUAAGGGUUAAUCCAGCCUCUACUGGCUGUCUCACUGACAGCCACUAGAGGCGCUUCCACAAUUCUCAGUGUGAAAAUCACAGUGAGAAGACGCUGGAUGUCCAUAGGAAAGCAUUGAGAAAUACUUUCCUAUGGGCGGUUUGAAUGCGCGUGCGGCUCUUGUCGCGCAUGCACAUUUGGAGCUGAGAGGCGGAUCGGGGCGGAGGGAUCCCCAGCGACGGACUCCCUUGGUAAGGUAAGGUAAGUGCUGAAGGGGUUUUAAACGCACACACUCUAACGAAAAGACGCAUACACACUAGCUAGCAGACACACACAUUUACUGACAGAGACACACUCAGUGACAGACAGACAUACACACUCACUGACAGACAGACACACAUACACACUCUCUUACAAAACAUACACUCUCACUGACAAACACACUCUCACUAACAGACACCAGACUCACUAACAGACACACACAAACUAAUACACUCAGUAACAGACACACAGUAACACACUCAAUAACACACACACUGACACUCACUAGCAGACACACACUGAAUAACAGACACACACAACUAACACACACAGUAACACACACACUAAAACUAACACACUCACUGACACUCACUAGCAGACACACACACACAGUAACACACACACUGACACACAAAAACUAACACUAACACACAUACACACACACGUUUUUUAAAAUUGCAUCCCCCAGCCUCCCUAUCUUUUGGAAUGCUGAGGGGAUUCCCUGGGGUACAGUGGUGCUGCCUGACAGACGGUCACUGCAGGCAGCAAGGGAGCACUGGUCCUCCUGUUCAGUUCCCUUGCGUGACGCUUACUGAUGCCGGAAUGACUUCAUAUUCCGGUUCCGGCAUCAGUGCGGUGUGUGUGAGGGAGCUGGGCAGAGAGCGCUCAGGGGAAAAUGCUCCCUUGCACGCCCGCCAGCCCAGUGACACCACUGCCGGCCUCCCAAGAGAAGAGGCUGACAUACGGGGUCACAAGGCGGCCGGGCCCCCAGGUGGGCCGGGCCCGGUCGCAGCUGCGACCCCUGUGACCGCGGUAUGUACGCCAGUGUUCCCAACCCAUGCGUAGACUGCCCGAAACCUUAUGUUUUUAAUACAGUUAGACACGUUCAGAAAUAGAUGGUAGAACCAUGUUGGUGUUUGUGUGAUGCUAGUCUUGAGAUGCCUCUCUUUUCAUUGUUCCUCAAGAAAUGCUGCAAUAAUGCAUACCAAUUUACUUGUCAGGAGAAAAGUAGAAUGUCUCCAUAAGCCCACACGAGCAAGGCAAGUGCCAGUUUAGGACAGUAACAAUGCCAACAGUAUAAUGGGCUUUAUAGCAAUGCGUAUAAACAUAUAAACAGCAUAUGUAGAAACAUGGAAGUAAAGAAAACACUGCCAUUCUUAUUAUUUUUAUUAUGUGUGUUAUGAGCUAAGAUCCAUGAGCAACUUUUAGCAGCACCACUUCAGAGUGCGCAGGAAGACUUGCUCAUUUCAACGCUCACCGAGCCUUGGUGCAGAGCUUUCUCAGUUAUGGACCUAUGUAGUCUAUGAUUUUUUUUUUUAUAAAUCCCUAGUCAAUAUCCAACCCUGUUUCAAAAUGUCAAAUCAAACAGGGAAAGUUAAUACCAUAGCACAUUAUUUCUACAAUAAUAUUCACUUAGACACCGUUAAACAUGUAAGUGACUAAAUUUAAAAUGGCUCUGUCACAUUGCUGUUUUUUCUUUCAUAAAGCAUUCAUUUUAUUAGAUUAAUCCCUUUUGUCCCUCUAUUUUCUAUUAGUUUUAAUUCACUUUAUAUAUAUAUAAAAAUGCAAGGGCUACUUUUUCAUUUGAGUGUUACUGUGGUCAUUUUUUGGCAAUAGGUGACUAAAGUAAAUUGCCAUUUCAGUUGCUAAGCUAAUUUACCAACAAUUCAUCAGUAAUAUAUAUAUAUAUAUAUAUCUACAAAAAUACCGGCACUCCAAGAUUUUAAUUCCUGAAGGAUCUUUAUUUGGCGAAUUCCAGCAAGUCAACCUUUCAGUCUUUCUAGUGAGCUUUUAGCAGGAUAUCCAAAACCAGUGCAAACUGCAGACAUAAUGGACAGAGAAGAUCAAUAUGGCAGCACCCAGAUAUUGAGAUCCGGCAACAGGCAUAACAUAAUAAAUAUAAAUAAGGUAAAUGAGUAUAGUCAUUAAGACAUAAAGAGUCUAAAGAAAAGAAAAGAAAAGAAAAAACCCUGACAGUGCCUUUAAUCAUAAUAAUGGAAUAAAGAGUUCUUUGAUGAUUCAUUAAGUUUUAAUGAAAUGAAUCAACUGUAAUUUCUCUUAAAUCUCGUUCUUUGUAGGGGUCCAAGGAACACACAGGUCUCUCCUAUGGAUGUUGCUGGGAGGGACGCUAGUUGUUAUAUAUGGAAACCAAAAAUCUUUGGCAGUCAGCCUUCAAAAUGAUUUUCUGAAUGGAAUAAAUGUAGCAGACAUUUUGAAUUACCAAAGUGGAAGAAAUGGUAAGUACCAACUUUUAAACUGAUUAGAGUUCUAAAACCACUUAUUAUAUCAGGGUUUUUAUAAAUAAGGCUGAACAUUCCACGUAAAAUAUUAUACACGAUGGAAUGGAUGCCAAUUCUUCUACGACCCAGUCAUUUAUAUUGCUUAUAUUCUUUGUGGAAAAAGUACAUUGGGGAUAUGCUAACGAUCUUAAAAUUUGUAUCCAAUACAGUGUACAUGUUAAAGAGUAUUGAUUUUGUUUCACAUAUAUAUCAGUUAUAUAAUAUAUAUAUAUAAUGAUGAGCCUAUUUAGGAGGUGUUGAUGGGGGGAGAUGGAUAUUAAAAAGAAUUGUGUAUUUGCAUGGAGAAUAAAAAAGGAAAUGGUGGAUUUGGGGUUACGUUGCAGACUUUUUUUUCCAAGUAUACUGUCUGGGAAAUUAUGGCCAAGAAACAAUGACACUAAUUUGAUAUGUUAUUUUUUGUUCUUCACAGUACAACAAUACCCACAGAGCUGCAGUGAAAUAAAGAGCAGUCAGAGUGGCCUAUAUAUGGUGGAACCAUUGGCAGGAAAGCAGGUAGUCGUACAGUGUGAGCAAAAAUCAGCUGAUGGCAUAUGGACAGUUAUACAGAAAAACAAUCAAAAGAACCCAAGGCUAUGGGAAGCUUCCUGGGAAAGCUACAAAAGGGGAUUUGGAGACCCAAGAGAAGACUAUUGGUUGGGCAAUGAGAAUAUUCAUUUGUUGACGAAGCAACAGUUGCACCGUAUCCAGUUCAGAGUACGCACAUCAGCAGGAAUAGUCUACACAGCCCAUUACACUUCUUUUUCACUUGAAGCAGAAAGCAGUUGUUAUCGUAUUCGGCUUGGUCGGUACUCGGGAAAUGCUGGGGAUGCUAUGACUUCAGGGGAACCCAAUGCAGGGCAUGACAACAUGAGAUUUUCAACUAGUGAUCGGGACAAUGAUUUAUCAGGGACAAAUUGUGCCUACCUUGGAGGGGGUGGUUGGUGGUAUGACAAUUGCAGAUUUGCUAAUCUUAAUACAGGUAAAGGUAUUUACUGGCACCAGUUGUGUCGUGGAGAUUGUCAGUCAAGUGAGAUACUCAUUCAACCAGUAUACAUAUGUUCAGAAGGUGGUGGAGGUGGUGGUGAUGAUAGUGGAGGUGAUGGAGGAGGUGGUGGUGGAGAUGGAGGAGGAGGAGGAGGAGGAGAUGGAGGAGGAGGUGAUGGAGGAGGUGGUGAUGGAGGAGGUGGUGAUGGGGGAGGAGGUGGCGGGGAAGAUGGAGGAGGUGGUGAUGGAGGAGGAGGGGGAGAUGGAGGUGGUGGGGGAGAUGGAGGUGGUGGUGAUGGAGGAGGUGGUGAUGGAGGAGGUGGUGGUGGGGGAGAUGGAGGUGGUGGUGAUGGAGGAGGAGGUGACGGGGGAGGAGGUGGUGAUGGAGGAGGUGGUGAUGGGGGUGGAGGAGGUGAUGGAGGAGGGGGCGGUGGUGGAGGUGAUGGAGGAGGUGGUGGAGGAGGAGGAACUGUUGAUCCAACACCUAAUCCUUGUGAAUUAAAGUAGUAACACAGCAAUAUUUGUUUCAUAGCCUAGUGUGUAAUUCUAUCCAAGUGCGUUUGAUAGUACACUAAGUUUUACUGAACUAUUUUAAAAUAGACUAUGUGUGUCCUCUUUUAUAUAGUUUCACAAAAAUAAGUAUAUACAGGAGACAUAAGUAAAACAAAAUAAAAAAAUGAAUAUGACGUUUGUUUGCAUCUGUGCUCAUACACAGUGGCGUAACUACCACGGUCGCCUGGUUUGCAGAGGCAACCGGGCCAGUCACUCCACCAGGGUUGAAGGCCUGGCUGGGGUCUCAGGCAUAGUGAGUUUCUUAUUUUGUUCUGGGACUUGAGACAUGCUAAGAAUGUAAAUAUGGGUAAAAAAGAGAACUUUAGUUAUGAGCGAGAACAUAGAAUGUGAUGGCAGAUAAGAACCAUUCGGCCCAUGUAGUCUGCCCAAUUUUCUAAAUACUAGUACAGUAUUACUUCUUGAUAUUAUUUUUAAACCUUUGCACCUCUAAUUUAAGACUAUGUCCUCUUGUUG